UUCUUUAAGACAUGUAUCUUAUAGGCCCAUUAUUUUAUAUAUUUUAUUUAGUUACGGCGUGUAUCUGCAUUUGUUCAUCAUAAUGGGCGGCAGUUGGGUUCUGGAAAUCGUGGCAUUUAUUUGUGAAACUCAGAAGUUCUGCAAGCCCUUGAUUGUAGCAGCUGAUAUUAUUAAGUGCAGCCAGGGGAUCAUAAUAUUCCUUGUCACAUUCUGCAACAGGGACAUGAUCAGGGCCAUCCGUGAGCGAACCCACGAAAGACGGUUAAGUGGAGUUGAGUCUGCAACAUGCAGUCUGACACAGGACUUCCAGCUCAAGCAGGAUAUGAAAUAAAUUCCCUAUUGUUAUGGGAACGUUGAAUAAACUUUUAAAUUUUUGGAAAA